GAUGGUCCAUGGUAUACCGCUGCUACAGUACAAAACGCGUUGGGCCAGCACAAAUGUUCGCGCCGUACGGUCGUCCCAAAAAUACAUUUCAAUGCAUCGGAUCGGGAAGGGUUGAACUAGCACCGUCCAGUGUUGAACUGCAGCUCUUCUCUUUACUGUUUGGUGCACCGUUCGUUACGGGCGCAUCGGUCGCGCCGCCGCCGCCGCCACCACCACCACCGCAGUCGCCUUGUACGGUAGUAGUAGGUAUGUAACGUAACGUAUGCUGGAGAUCUGGGCAGUCUGUACCUUAUAUUUCUG